AUGUCAGGUCGUCCGCCCACCGCCUCGCCCACCGCCUCGACGCCCGUCUCGAGAAUGGUCCUCAGUCGGUUGUUGAGACUGGCUCCAAAGCAGGAGACUCUCUCUCUCUCCGAUGAAGCACGCCUGUACAAAGCCCUUGAAGGCAACGUCUGGCCGUGGUCCCCCUCGUCAAAGAACGCCAGGUUUCAAUUGAAUAGUUAUCUUUUGGACCCAACAGCUCUUGGAAAUGCUGCCUCCUCCCUUCGACGAUUUGACUCUCAGUGGAAGAAGCUCCCCCCACUGACAAACAACGUGUCAACACUAAGGGGAAGGAUCACUGAGUGCAUGGCUGUCAACUCAAAACCACAGCCCGGAUCUGAGAUGGUCCCACUUUAUGUACCAAAUACGGUCAUUGAAGCUAUCUCGACAGGGGGCAGUAUUGCUGAUGGGUUGAUGACCUGUCUCACGUUGCAGAGCGCUACUGGAAUAGCUGGCCUCCUACAUGUAAUUGCAACUUGUUCAGGUACCAAGUGUAAACAGCAGCUCAAUGUACUCCUUGAUACAGAAACCCAGGCAGACGGGCCCAUAGAAGGCAAAUCAAGUGUGCUCAACAUUGACAAACAGUGGCAGACACUGGUCAACAGAUGCACUGGAAUAGCUACGCCUGAAGCUCUUGCUUCAAGCUCGGUCUCCUCCUUUGUCAAAAAACUUUUGGACCGCAUGACGCAAGCACAUGAUGUGUUCCUUGGAUCCUUCACAGCCAGUGAAAAGCAAUGGACAUUCAAGGUGGAGAGUUCAUGGCACCCCGGCAAGGACGCUUUGAUGCAAGGCGAAUACUUUCAAGCAGCACUGGCAAUGGUGACACAUGAUGGUGCUGAUUAUGCAGAAAAGGUCUGUGAUUUCAUCCAAAAGGGUGAAGCCUUGAAACAAUAUGAACCCUGGGGUGCUGAGAGUAAUGGAGAACAGACCGAGCUAAGUGCUGAAGAGAAAGGAGAGAUAACUGAUCCCACGGACACUUUGAGCGGCAAGGGGAGACAACACAACAAUGGCAAAGCCAAGUGCAAGAUAUUGACCCUUGCACACAUUCCAGGAAGGAGAAAGGUCUCACAAGAACCUCCUGCACCACAGACUAGCAUUCAGUCCUUGGUGGAAAUGGUCGAGUACCUUGGACAAGAACAUAAGAAACAUCCUAAUUUCAAAAAGAUUCUCCAGGAUCUUGUGGAUUGGAACGAGAAGUCAGGCUGGUCAGACCCUACUGAAGAUCCGAAUAUCACUGUGACAUCUCAAACUCAGAGUGGUGACGUGACUCCGGCACCGACGAUCCACACAACAAGUGGAGCGGGAAUCUGA